AUGUCCGAUUUAGGAAAUAUUGCAAGAUAUAAACAGCACUUAGAUGAGAAGAAAUCCUCUGUGCGAAUCGAUACAAGUUUUGUCGAUAUGGUAGAAGACCUGCAGAUAAAAUUCAAAGAUUUGCUCAAAGCUGUGCCAGUCGUUGAUACUCACAAUGACCUUCCCUAUCUAGUCCGGUUGCAGUUGCAUCUGGAUCUUGAUGACGAAAAAUUCGAUCUAGAUUCGCCUCUGAUAGGGCAAACAGAUCUCCUUCGUUUGAAGGAGGGUGGUGUUGGUUUGCAAUUCUUCAGCUGCUGGAUCGAGCCUCCCAACCCUGACGAGUUAUAUCAGGAUUUUGAUACGGCUAACAGUGUGGUUCGCGAUACUCUCGAGCAAGUAGACAUCGUCAAACGUAUAAUUCGGAAAUAUCCAAACAAAAUGACGUUUGUGACCAAAGCUGACGACGCACUCAAAGAAUAUUUGAGUACAGGAAAGAUUUCAAUUGCGCUUGGUGUGGAAGGUUUGCACCAGGUGGAUACUUCCUUGGCUGUUUUAAGACAGUAUCAUGAAUUAGGUGUGCGUUAUGUGACCCUUACUCACAACUGCGAUAACCCUUUUGCUACAGGCUGCACAACUGUGAUUGCAGGAAAAGAAGAUAAAGGCUUGACAGACUACGGUCGUCGGGCAAUUAAAGAGUUUAAUAGGUUGGGAAUGAUGGUUGAUUUGAGUCAUGUUUCCCAUCAGACGAUGAUUGAUACAUUGGACAUAACUAAAGCACCGGUUAUAUUUUCACACAGUUCGGCUUAUUCUGUUACUGGACAUCUGAGGAAUGUGAAAGACGAUGUUCUUCAGAUGGUCAAGGAGAACGGAGGUGUGGUUUGUGUGACUUUUGUGCCUGGUUUUGUUCAGAAGCCUGGUGCGAAAGAAGCUACAAUUGACGAUUGUGUGGACCAUAUCCUGCAUAUUGUGAACCUGAUCGGAUGGGAUCAUGUCGGGCUAGGUUCUGAUUUUGAUGGUAUGGCUUCAACAGGACCUAAAGGAUUGACAGAUGUCUCGAAGUAUCCUGACUUGAUCGUCAAAGUUUGGCAGAAAACAAAUGCCACCGAAAACGAUAUCAAGAAAAUCAUGGGACUAAAUGUUCUGCGUGUCUGGGAGCAGUGCGAGCUCGUUGCAGAAUCCAUGGAAAAUGAAGAUCCCGUGGGCGAUACUUGGGAAGGAAGAAAUUGGUCAUUCCCCGAAUGGUGUACAAGGUGCUCAGUUUUGUAUCCUGGGUCGGAUAAAAAGAAUGCACACAAACACACUAUUUAUUCAACUCAGAGGUUUAACUUUCCGAACGAAACGUUGCCUUGA